AUGAAAGCUGUAAAGUUUGAAAGCACACGAGGCAUUAACCAAAUUAAUUGCAGUAAACAUUUUUUCUGCAUGCAGAUGUUAGAAAAACUUUCUGCAGAUAAUUACAAGAUAAACAUUCAUGUGCCAGUAUUGGGCACUUUUGAACAUUUCGAAUUGCUUAAUUAUUCUUCACCACUUUCUCGGCCUUUGGCAAACCUUAUUACAAAUGCUGAAUACAAUGUUUCAAUCUUAUAUGACAGACGUGAGUCACCAAAGGAAGUAGAAGACGAACUAGAUCGAAUAUUUGAGAUAAUUGAUGGGGACAUGGAUGUCAUAAUAAAAGAUUUUUCUCGUCCAAUUCUGCAGAAACACGAAGGGAACAGCUUCAAUGUUGUGUUUAUCCAUUCAAAUGAAUCAUUGGAACUAUUUUUCAGCAUAGUCAAUUCCGAUAAAUUCACCUCUCAAAGUUUCUUCUUCAUUGUCAUUCCAGCAAGUUUUAAAAUUUUCAUUAACUUGGAAACAUUGUUUGAACGUUUUCUAAAUUAUGGCGUUCCUUAUGUUUAUACAUUAACCGUAGCACCGAACGAUGAAGAUGCAAUACUUCACACUUAUUAUCCGUUCAGUGCCAAUAAAUGUUCCGACUCAACUCCAGUCAUUGCGAAUUAUUACACAGCGAAAUAUGAAAACUGGACUGAAGCAGAUUUCUUUCAAUUUAAAGUGCAGAAAAUGUUCGGCUGCCCUCUUCGAGUUGCGACUUUUCAUUUCAAUCCUUUCAUGAUUUUGAAGGAAGAUGAAGAUGGGAAAAUAAGCGUCGAUGGAAUUGAAGGAAGUCUUCUGAACGUUUUGUCAGAAAGAAUGAAUUUUACUAUCGAAAUCAUCACUUCAAAUGACAGAUGGGGAAUUAUUUUCGAAAAUGGAACAACAACUGGUAAUGUGCAAAUGAUUUUAAAUCGGACAGCAGACAUUAGUUUGGGAUACUUUUCUGUCCAUGAUAAGAGACAGAAAUUGAUGUCAUCGACAUCCGUUUACUUAAUAUCCAACUUAAUUUGGGCUGUGCCACCAGGAGAACCUUAUUCACCCCUCGAGAUACUUUUGAAGCCUUUUGAGAAGUCAUUGUGGAAUUGGUUUUUUAUUGUUUUGAUCUCAGCUUUUGUGAUCAUUCGAGUUCUAAGAAUGUUUCCGAAGAAAGUUCAAUAUUUUGUGUUUGGAAGAAACGUUCGACAUCCAGUGUUGAAUGUCGUUAAUAUUAUGUUAGGUGGGAGUCUGCCCAAGCUGCCUGUCCGAAAUUUUGCACGAACAAUUAUGAUGCUUUUCAUGUUCUACUGCUUUAUCAUGAAUAAUGCUUACAAAGGAGGCUUGUUUCAAUUUAUGAAAAGUGAUCAAACAAAGCCUCCUUUAAGUACCACCACGCAACUUUAUAAUAAAAAUUUUCGUUUCUACUCAAUUCCAGAUGGAAAAAUUUUUCUGAACGAAACUCCGAAAAUUCUUGAUAAAACUAUUUUUUUAAACAAUCCUGAAGAGUAUGACGAGGGAUUAAAACAUUUAAGAGAUCCUAAAUUCAAAAGAGCUCUUAUGAUCACACAGGAAAAACUGGCUUUUGAAAAUAUUAAAAACUCUCCUGAUGUUUAUUAUCAUCGAGCAAAUGACGUCAUUUUCCGGCAACAUUUGGUCAUUUACAUGAACAAGUUUACAAUUUUUGAAUGGUCUUUUGAAGACAUAAUUCUACAACUCGUCAGUGGCGGGUUUAUGGAUGCGUGGAUUAAAAAGUUUACCGACACUGACAUUUUAAAGGACAGAGUGGAAGAACGAGAAUUAGCAUUAACUCUCGAUCAAUUAAUGGGAGCAUUUCAAUUACUUGGCGUGGGUCUCUUCAUAAGUUUCACGGUGCUUGUGUUUGAAAAUUGUCUAUUUAAUAUUAAAAAGUGUUUGAAAAGCAAUUCUGAUCAAUUUUGUGAAAAUUGUGAAAUGAAAUAG